AUGUACGGGGACCAGGGCCGGUGGGAAGAGGCCGAGCAGCUCAAGGUGCAGGUGAUAGAGACUCGCAAGACGAAGCUCGGCGAGGAUCAUCCGGAAAUACUGACCAGUAUGGCGAACCUCGCUUUUACCUGGAAAUCUUCAGGUCAGGAUGCGGAAGCCAUCAGUUUACUUAGAAAUUGCCUAGCCAAGCAGGAACAAACACUUGGGCUAAACAACCCGGAAACUUUAGCCAAUUCUGAAGCAUUGGCGAAGUGGGAAAUGAAGGCCUAA